AUGGGCCAUGCGGCCCGCGUGAGUAUCAUCGAUGCCGGCUCCUCGAUCUCCAGCAUUCCGACCGACCGCCUGAUGGCGCCUGUACUUGACGGAUUUGGCUACAUGCCGAAGAUGCCAUCAUUGUCUUUCCUUGUUGAGUCGGCCAAUGGCAAGAAGAUUCUAUUUGACCUCGGUAUCGCAAAAGAUUGGAGGAACUUUGCACCUAUUAUAUCAAAUCGACUCAAGACAAACGGGUACGAAAUUGAUGUGAAUUGCGAGGUGCCAGACGUUCUUCAAAAGCACCACGUAGAUUUGUCAUCUAUUCACAGUGUUGUGUGGAGUCAUUGGCAUUGGGAUCACAUCGGUGACCUUUCCAAAUUUCCUCCAACCACGGAGCUUGUCGUCGGUCCAGGAUUCACAAAGGCCUUUUUGCCAGCUUACCCAGAGUGUCAGGAUUCUCCAAUCCGAAUUUCCGAUGUCAGAGACAGGCAGGUGAACGAAUUGGACUUUACCAGAAGCUCUAUCCAUAUUGGCCGUUUUCGAGCCAUAGACUUCUUUGGUGAUGGAUCUUUCUACCUCUUGGAUACUCCUGGACACGCAAUCGGCCACUUAGGGGGGCUUGCGCGGACCACUGUGAAUCCAGAUACAUUUAUAUUCAUGGGCGGGGACUUGUGCCACCAUGCAAGUGAGCUGCGGCCAUCCAAAUACAUCCCACUACCCGACACCAUUGAAUACCCAAUCAUAUCAGCCUCGCUUUACCCCUGUCCAGGUGCUGUAAUAGAGCGGCUUCAGCGACCGCGGGGGAGAUGCUCGCUGGAUCCAAUAUUCGACCCGGCCCGGGGCGUUCCGCUUGAGGAUGCCAUAGAGACUGUGCGAAAGACACAGGAGCUUGAUGCUGACGAGAAUGUGCUGUUCAUAUAUGCACACGACAAGUCUGUUACAGAAAUUGGUGAUCUGUUUCCACUAGCUGCGAAUGAUUGGAAGAAACAUGGAUGGAGGGACCGAAUGUUUUGGGCGUUCUUGAGAGACUUCAAUGAUAUCAUCAAAUAA